AUUGUACGUGUUUAAUAUAUUUUUUCAUCUAUUCAUGGGUGACUGUGAAUUUAGCUCAAUUCAAGAUGAUAUUCCCUGCGGUACUGUUGUUAGCUGCUACACUUGUGUUGUCACCAUCAUCACUUGACUGCCAGAAAAGUGAAGAGUUUCCAGGCUUGGCUGGGAAGCUAUCAACUUCACUAAAAUAUCUAGUUGCAAAUUUGCCGCAGAAAUAUAUUUAUGAACAAAUAAAGAAAAUUAAAGAUGUCUGUAACCAAGAAAUUGAUUGCCAGGAUGUUGCAGCACUGACCGAACCUAUUUCGUUAUCGUUAUCCAAAUUGGUAGUUUUGCGUCCAAUAACUUUUAAAGAAAUUUUGAGUUUAGCAAUAGAAUUUGACGUAGUUAUUCUCCAGUUUGUACUAUGUCCUCUUUCAGAGAGUAUGGAACCAAGUCAUUAUAAAGAAAUAUUAUAUGCUCUUAUGCCCAAUCAUGGAACUAACUUAACUACGUACACUAUCGAUUUUCAUGAGGAGAAAUGCAUUUUAAAGGAUAUCCAAGAUAACGAAAUUGAUUGUAACCCUAUUUAUGACGAGGAUCAAUCACCUUUUAGUAUUAUAAAGAAAAUUUUAUCCCAAGACAAUUUAGCUGCGAUAGAUAUCACUUAUUUACUUAUAAAUUUUUGCUUACACCUAGUUAAAACUGUAAUUUGUUCUUUAUAAUUUACAUAGUAGAUACUUGAUGCUAAUAAAUUCAAUUAAAAACUCCAAGAAGCAAA